CCAGGCCUUCGGUCUGUGUGCCGGGGGCAGGCGCAGUGCGUGGCCGGCGACAGCGGCGCUGGCGGCUGAGCGCGCGGGUCGCGUGGCCGUGCGUGGUUGCUAGGGGCGCCUGAGGCCGCCCGCUAGCCUAGCAGGCCGAGGAGGGAAGCCGCGCGGAGCCGGCGCCGAGCCCGGGCGAAGCUCAGCCCCCUAGACUGACAGAUUUUAAGGAUGCAGCAGCUACUACUGGAGGAGUGUGGCGUCUUGCCUGGGCUAGGCCAUGAGGCCAUGUGUCUAUGAUGUGGGCCCCUCAUGGCCUCAGCAGGAACAGAAAACUAUAGUAUUGGCCUCCGCCGGAGAAGCAGCUUCAAGCAGAGCGGUCCCUCAGGCUCAGCGCCUGCCCCAACACCUGAGAAACCCUCUGAGGGUAAAGUCUGGUCUCAGGCUCAUCAGCAGGUGAAGCCAAUCUGGAAGCUGGAAAAGAAGCACGUGGGGACACUUUCAGCAGGGUUGCACUCAGGCCUCUUGGGUGUUCCACCCCAGCCAGCAUACUUCGUUUGCCCCAGCACUUUAUGUAGCUCUGGGACCACAACUGUCAUUGCAGGCCACAGCAACUCUUGUUAUCUGCACUCUCUCCCGGACUUGCUCUGUAGUACCCUGUUGUAUUGCCGCUCCAACUGUAGGCACAAGCCGUACCAGCAACUGGAGUCUUUCUGCUUACGUUCAAACCCAUCAGAAAAAAGACGUUUUUUUCUCCCUCAGAAGAGCCUUCCUGUCAGUCUCACUGCCAAUAAGACCACUUCUUCCAUGGUCUUCCCUAUGGCUCGGCCCAUGGCCUCCUCAUCCACAGAUCCAUACCUCUCCCUGGCAGCAGCUGGGGAAAACCCUUCAGGGAAGAGCCUGGCCUCUGCCAUCUCAGGGAAGAUCCCAUCUCCACUGUCCUCCUCCUAUAAGCCCAUGCUGAAUAACAAUUCCUUCAUGCGGCCAAAUAGCACGAAAGUGCCUUUAUCACAGGCCACAGAGAGCCUGAAGCCAGUAUCCUCACCCAAGACCCAGUCUGUCUCCUGGCAUCAUUCGGGGGGUACUGGAGACUGUGCACCCCAGCCUGUUGACCACAAGGUGCCCCAAAGCAUCGGCACUGUUCUAGAUGAUGCCAUUGCCCAUAUCUCCCUGUCUACCCCUAGCUCCCUCAACACAUCUACCACCAGUGUUGCCUCUUCCUGGUAUAACCGGAAUAACUUAGCCAUGAGGGCAGAGCCAGGUCCCUGUGGCCUGGAUGACAACUCUGAUUCCCAGGUUCCAGCUAAAGAGAUUCAAUUCACUGAGGCUGUAAGGAAGUUGACCACAAGAGGCUUUAAGAAAAUGCCAAGGCAAGGCUGCCAAUUUGAACAAUCUUGUUUCCUGAACCCCAGCUUUCAGUGGAACCUUCUCAAUAGGAACAGGCAGUGGAAACCUCCUGUACUAGACCAGCAAUUUCCUCAGGAGGAUGCUGGAUCAGAUGGUAGGAUCCUCCCUGGUGCCUCAGACACCUUGGAAUUGGACAAUACAGUCUUCUGCACCAAGCGUAUCAGCAUUCACCUCCUUGCCUCACAUGCCAAUGCACUCAACCACAGCCCCACCUGUGGAUCUGUAAUCGACCCCCUACCAUUGGGAGAAGACAAAGCUCCACUUCCACCUUCUCCCUCUCAGUCCCUUGGCAUAGCUGAUGUGGUCACCCGUCUCUCUUCCAUACAUCUGGACCAAUCUGAAAAGGAGGGGCUGGAGGAGACCACAGAGCUGGACUCACCUGGUAGGGUUAUUGGUUCAGCUACUGACCUCCAGCCAGACCAAGUUGAAACAGAAGAUGUAGAAGAAGAACUAGUAGAUGGUUUGGAAGACUGCAGUAGCCAUGAUAAUGAAGAGGAGGAGGGUGACUCAGAGUGCUCCUCGUUAAGUGCUGUCUCCCCCAGUGAGUCAGUGGCAGUGAUUUCUCGGAACUAUGUGGAAAUUCUGACCAAAACCCUUUCCAGUCAUGAGAAAGUUGUUCGACCAGCCCUCAUCUACAGUCUCUUCCCCAAUGUGCCCCCUACCAUCUAUUUUGGCACUCGGGAUGAAAGAGUGGAGAAGCUUCCCUGGGAGCAGAGAAAGCUGCUUCGGUGGAAGAUGAGCACAGUGACCCCCAACAUUGUCAAGCAGACCAUUGGACGGUCCCACUUCAAAAUCAGCAAAAGAAACGAUGACUGGCUAGGCUGCUGGGGUCACCACAUGAAGUCUCCUGGUUUCAGAUCCAUUCGAGAGCAUCAGAAGCUAAAUCACUUCCCAGGCUCAUUCCAGAUUGGGAGGAAGGACAGGCUGUGGCGAAAUCUAUCUCGCAUGCAGAGCCGUUUUGGCAAGAAGGAAUUCAGUUUCUUCCCCCAGUCCUUUAUCCUGCCCCAGGAUGCCAAGCUCCUACGCAAAGCCUGGGAGAGCAGUAGCCGCCAAAAGUGGAUUGUGAAACCACCGGCAUCAGCUCGAGGUAUUGGCAUCCAGGUCAUCCACAAGUGGAGUCAGCUCCCCAAGCGAAGGCCUCUCCUAGUACAGAGGUAUCUACACAAACCCUACCUCAUCAGCGGCAGCAAGUUUGAUUUGCGGAUCUAUGUUUACGUCACUUCGUAUGAUCCUCUACGGAUUUACCUCUUUUCAGAUGGACUUGUCCGCUUUGCCAGUUGCAAGUAUUCUCCUUCCAUGAAGAGCCUUGGCAAUAAGUUCAUGCACCUGACCAACUACAGUGUCAAUAAAAAGAAUGCUGAGUACCAGGCCAAUGCAGAUGAAACGGCCUGCCAGGGGCACAAAUGGGCACUGAAGGCUUUGUGGAACUACCUGAGCCAGAAGGGAGUCAAUAGUGAUGCCAUCUGGGAGAAGAUAAAAGAUGUUGUUGUCAAAACUAUCAUCUCGUCAGAGCCCUACGUGACCAGCCUGCUCAAGAUGUAUGUGCGGCGGCCCUAUAGCUGCCACGAGCUCUUUGGUUUUGACAUCAUGCUGGAUGAGAACCUCAAACCCUGGGUCCUGGAAGUCAACAUUUCCCCGAGCCUCCACUCCAGCUCACCACUAGACAUCAGCAUCAAAGGCCAGAUGAUCCGUGACCUUCUGAACCUGGCAGGUUUUGUCCUGCCCAAUGCAGAGGAUGUCAUUUCAAGUCCCAGCAGCUCCAGCAGCUCCACUACCAGCCUGUCCAGCUCUCCCCGGGACAAAUGUCGAAUGGCUCCAGAGCAUUUCACUGCACAGAAGAUGAAGAAAGCCUAUUAUCUGACCCAGAAAAUUCCUGAUCAGGACUUCUAUGCAACUGUGCUGGAUGUCCUGACACCAGAUGAUGUUCGGAUUCUGGUUGAGAUGGAAGAUGAGUUUUCUCGGCGUGGUCAAUUUGAACGAAUUUUUCCUUCUCGGAUCUCCUCCCGCUAUCUCCGCUUUUUUGAGCAGCCACGAUAUUUCAACAUUCUCACUACCCAAUGGGAACAGAAAUACCAUGGCAACAAGCUCAAAGGAGUAGAUCUGCUUCGGAGUUGGUGCUACAAAGGGUUCCACACAGGAGUUAUCUCUGAUUCUGCUCCAGUGUGGUCUCUCCCGACAUCACUUCUGACUGUCUCAAAGGGUGACAUGAUGCUCAAUGCCUUCAGCAAAUUGGAGACUGGCAAGCUAGGAAAACACAGCUCUUCCGAGGGAAGCCUGUUACUUUCUGAAGAUGGUACCACACCCAAGCCCAAGAGGACUCAAGCUGGCUUUUCCCCAUGCCCCAGGAAACCCAGUCCCUCAAAAGACAGUGAGGACACCAGCAAAGAGCCCACCCACUCUACCCAGACAUUUCCUGUAAUCAAGUACUCUGGACGGACUUCAAAACUUUCUGCUUCCUCCACUUCCCAGUCAACCAGUGACUCUCUUCUGGCUGUAAGCCCAUAAUUGGCCUCUCUCCACAAGCCCUACCCAGGAGCACCAGCGUCAGCUACCUCAUGGGAACCGGCCUGCUGACCAACCUGAACCUCUAUCCCCUCCACUUUGUUCCUCCUCAGAAUAUUUUUUGAAGUGGUUGUAUUGCAGAGAUGGGUAUUUGUAGGGCUAGGGGGAUGGUGGUGAUGGGGAGAAGGUGAAGAAGGUUCGUCCUCUGUCACCUGCCUGCCUGGCUGGCACCUCAUAUCUCAGCAGAGAAGCCAAUGAUGGUCACACAGCCUUAUAAAGCAGGAUUUGGUUUCUACCAUCAGAGAGCCAUGUGUGGUUUGUUUUGGGCCUUGGUGCAGUUGUUGAAUUGUAGCUCGAGGAGAAAACAUACUAAACAGA